GUCGCGCGGCCAUGGAGAAGCCGGGCGCGCCCCUGAGCGCCGCGGUCCGGGAGCACCUGAGACACUUGUGUCUGCGCGAAUUCCCGUGCGGCACCGGCAGCUGGAAUAAGUCACGCUUUCUUCCUCGAACUUGGAGAACAUGGAAGGAGCUGGUCCCCAGAGAGGAGGCCGUGAACCCUGGGGAGGAGACCGUGGAGGCCCUGCUGGGCCUGGUCCGCAGCCCCCACUCACCCUGGGCUCUGCUGGAGGGCUCCAGUGCAGAGGACCAUUUUCUGAGAGAACUGGCCAUCCAGAAUCCCUUGAUGCUCAAAGACACCUUCUUCUACUCCUACUUCAGGUCCCUACGGGUGGUGGACAAGCAGGUGAGCCUGGUGGAUAAAGGUCUCCUGAAAUUUCAGAAACUUGAAGAGUUGGUACUGAGUGCCAAUCAAAUCAAGGAGAUCGAUGCCAUCAACCUGCCCCCAACCCUCAAGGUGCUGGAGCUCUACGGCAACAAGAUCAGCAGCCUGGAGUGUCUGUGCACUAACCCGCCCCCUUUUCUCCAGCACUUGGGGUUGGGUCACAACAAGCUUCUGGGCCCCUUGCAAAGUCUGUAUGUCACCGCGGAUCACUGGCCCAACCUCGUCUCUCUGGACCUGAGCUUCAACGACCUGACGGACCUGCAGGGCAUGAUCGCCAGCCUCAGCACCCUCCCACACCUGCGGCUGCUCGUGCUGCAAGGGAACCCCCUGGCCCUGGUGCCCUACUACCGAGGCUUCACCAUCGACAGCCUGUCUGGGCUCUGCGUGCUGGACGACAUCACCGUGUCUCCCAGUGAGAAGCAUCAGUUCCGGGGGCUCAGCCACAGUGGGGACCUCUUGGCCCGUGAGGCCCAACUCGUGGUGACUAUUGGAAAUGUCAAGGGCGUUCUGGACACCUCUAUCCUGGACCCGGAGCCGGGGCCUCAAGGCCCUUUUAUCACUUACAGCUACUACGUGACCUACGAUUUUGUGGAAGACGAAGAAGGAGAAGGAAGUGAUUACGGUGGCGUGCUGGCUGAGAUCGUCAAGCCGUCGCCCGGCAUGGAAGAGCUGGGCGAGGACAUUCCCGAAGAGGUCUUCGAGGAGGCUGAAGACUCGCUAGAGUCCGGGCUGUCCACCCAGUCGGGAGAGCUGGAGGGUUCGGUGGCCUCGGGCGGGUCGGGGCCCUUGCCCAGGGUGACCGACUCCCCCGAGGAGCUGGCCAAGUUGCGGCCGCGAAUAGAUCCCCGGCUCUGCCCCUCCCCAGGGACAGUUCUCUUCAGCACCGUCCGCAAGCCCUGGACUGAUGUCAUCCCCUGCAACUACAAGAUGCAGCACAUGCUCAGGGACCUGGUGCCCCUCAAGGCCUUCCUGCUGGCGGGGACCACCGUGACCAUCGUGGAGGAGAAGACUCUCUCCUGGCCUCUGGUGCCUCUGCCUGUCGACACUGUGUUGCCUGACAAGAAAGCAAAAGGGGAGAAGGACAAGAAGGGGAAGAAGGACAAAGAGAAGAAGGGGAAGGACGGGAAAGGGGAGAAAGAGACGGCGCCCAAGGAGCAGAAGGCGGCCAAGAAGAAGGAGCUUCCUAAGGAGCUCCGCCAGGACCCGCCCAUCCUGCGGGUGCUGGGCAGCGGCUUCGUGGCCCUGGAGCCCCUGCUGGUCGGGGAGCCACUGGUGUCCGAAGUGUGCAACUUCGGGGUGAUCCGCACCCUGGAAACUGACAGGCUGACCUUUCUCAGGGACGCAAAGAAGAACAAGAACAAGAAAGCUAAAAAGGCUCCGGAGGCUGGGAAGUCCAAGACCAAGGUGGCAGCGUCGUUAGAAAAAAAAUCUGCGGCUCCAACGUACGACAGCGACUACCAGCCCCAGCCGCUGACGGUGGAGGUGCAGAUCCAGCUGAACCAGUACCGCUCGGCCGAGGAGGCGCUCCGGGAGAUCGCCCUGUAGGGCGCCGGAUUAAAGGCUCUUCCGACGACCGC